GACCCGGUAUGCAGUUCACACAGGUUCCAAACUAUCAAAACCCACCAGGAUCCAUGCCUUAUCAAACCCAGCCGCCGCCUCCCAAUGGCUUGAGACCUUUCACGCCUAUGCCUAAUGGUUAUCCCGCUGUUCCUCCUCCCGCGUCUUUGAUUGAGAAACGUUGCAGAGGCUUCAAAUAUUGACUAGGGACUCUCUCUCUCACUUCUUCGACUCCCUUCUGUUUGGUAUGCGCAAUAUCCUCCUUCCUUUUGUUUAGCCAUAACAACACUCUUUUAACCAAACCCCCUGACCUUAAAUCAUCUUGAAAAAAUAUUGCAAUUUUUAUGUUAAAUUGAGAUUUACUCUAGUUAUUUUAAGAGCUUUGAACUUGAUGGGUUAGCCAACUGCUGGAAACAAAGCACUUGUAGCGACUGAUUUCUCCUUGGUCUUGGGUUUUUGAGGUAUUGCUAUUUCUUUUAAGGCUUCCACAUAUUCUUCUUUCUUUUCCAACCUGCUAAUGGUUGAGUUAAAAGUUAUUAUGAUGGGAUAUACUAGUUUUUUUUAUAAGUUCCAUGUGGGCAUGUGAUGAUGGGCGUUCUGAUAUUAUCUGAUCUCAAAUCCAACGUUUGUGAGAUUGGUUAUACAUUCCUUUCUCUUUCAAGUUUCCCUGUGAGGUACAGCUACUUAAUGUGGUUAAUAAUGACUGCGAUACUGGUGCUAUCUUCUUAAUGUCUCCUUCAGGUUUCUAAUGUUCAUCCUGGUGGUAUUUGUACUGCCUCUGGUGUCCAUAUCUAAUUUGCUCUUGUUUGUGGUAACUAUACAGAUUGCAUUUUUCAGUUCCGUUUUAUGUCACUCUUGGUUUAUGCUAAUAAUGCCUUUGUUCUGUUAACAUGUAGAACAUUUACUGAUGAAUUUCGAGAGACUUGUUUUCUUUUGUUGAUGCAGGGGUUCUCCGGUAUCCUUCUCCGUAUCCAACAAUGGUUCGUCCGGGUUUCAUUAUGCGCCCUCCUGGUACAGUCGGUCCUGUGCCACUUGUACAACGUCCACUUAUCCCAGGAAUGCCUGGUCUCCGUCCCGUUAUGCCUCCUAUGAUUAGACCAGUUCUUGCUCCUUUCGUACCACCAGUAGAGAAACCGCAGACGACUAUUUACAUAGGCAAGAUCGCAACCGUGGAAAAUGACUUUAUGAUGUCUAUUCUCGAGUUUUGUGGACAUGUCAAAAGCUGUUUACGUGCGGAGGAUCCCACCACCAAGAAACCUAAAGGUUUUGGAUUCUAUGAAUUUGAAUCAGCUGAAGGGAGUCUUCGUGCAAUACGCCUUCUUACCAAACUAACUAUAGAUGGACAAGAGCUUUUGGUGAAUGUUAAUCAAGCAACAAAGGAGUAUUUGCUAAAAUAUGUUGAGAAGAAAAUUGAGAAAGCCAAGGAUAACCAAGGUGAAGGUCCUGAGAGUGAGCGAGAAAAAGCUGUAAUAUCUGCUGCGCCCACCGUUGGGGAGACGGGAAAGGAUGGAGAACCAAAGAGUAAAGAAAACAUUGAUAUUGCUAACUCUGCAGUUCUAACUGAUGAAGAAAGAGAAGCUGACAAAGAGGCUAAGGAGAAGAUUGACAAUGCUAUUGAAGAAAGGUCAAAGUCCAACCCUCUGCCUCCACCACCCCCACCACCACCUGUUGAUGGUUCAGGCAUAGAGUUUGCUUUCAAAUCUAAGGAUGGAGACUCCAACACUGACAUAGCUCGGAGUGAUUCCGCUGCAAAUGAUGUUGAGACGCCUGGAGAACACAGUAGGCUUGACACAAGUUCACCUGACUGGAGUAAGAGAAAUGACCGUAGAAGCAGAGACAGAGGUGAAAAGGAGCAAGAAAUGGAUAGGCAUGAGAGGGAGGCAGAACGGGAACGAUUAAGGAAAGAGAGAGAGCACAGGAGGAAACUUGAGGAUGCGGAGCGUGCUUACCAGACUCGUCUUCGACAAUGGGAACGCAAAGAAAGAGAAAAGGAGAAGGAACGGCAGUACGAGAAGGAGAAGGAGAAAGAAAGGGAGCGUAAGAGGAAAAAGGAAAUCCGCUACGAGGAAGAGGAGGAUGAAGAUGAUGAUGAUUCGAGAAGAAGAUGGCAUAGAGGUGCAGAAGAGAGAAGAAGACGGCGGCAAAGAGAGAAGGAGGAUGACUUAGCUGAUAGAUUGAAAGAAGAGGAAGAGGCUGCUGAGGCGAAGAGGAUUGCUGAGGAGCAAAAGUUGCAGCAACAACAGUUAGAUGCUUUAAGGCUCCUAUCUGGACAUGCAGCUAUUGGAAGUGAGCCGAUUCAGGCAUCAACCAUUGAAAACGAUACUAAGACAACUCUCCAAACUGCAGGUGAAUCUUUCAGUGACCAGCAUGCAUCAGGUGUUGAACAAAAUGGUUCUGGUAAUGAAAUGUCUAUGGCUGUUGAUAAUAACAGUGGAUCUGAGGCACAUGCUCCUUCCAAGAAAUUGGGAUUCGGGCUUGUUGGAUCCGGGAAACGGACAUCUGUACCUUCAGUUUUCUAUGAGGAGGAUGAAGAAGAAGCACAUAAGGAUAAGAAGAUGAAACCUUUGGUUCCUAUAGAUUACUCAGCCGAGGAACAGGAAGCCGUCGCCCACGGUGGCUCAGGGAAUACACCACCACCUCAUUUGGCUUUAGCUGCUGAAUUUGCAAAACGAAUUUCGAGUAGUAAUCCCAAGGAAGAGACAACAGAAGCCCAGAAGCAUAGGAGCAGCAAACGUUCCCAUGAUAAGCCAAGCCACCGGGAAAGGGAACGGGAAAAGGACAGAGACAGAGCCAGGGACCGAGGCGACGGGCAUGGUGGUUCAACCAAAGAGUCUGGAAAAGCAAAGACCCCUGAUACCAAGAAGCUGAUGGAUGCCAAACAAUUGAUAGAUACAAUCCCAAAGACAAAGGAAGAGUUGUUUUCUUACGAGAUAAACUGGGCUAUGUAUGACGAGCACCAAUUGCACGAAAGAAUGAGGCCAUGGAUCUCAAAGAAAAUCAUGGAGUUUCUUGGAGAAGAGGAAGCCACACUGGUAGAUUUCAUUGUGUCAAACACUCAACAGCACGUGAAAGCCUCUCAAAUGCUUGAGCUGUUACAAUCGAUACUAGAUGAAGAAGCUGAGAUGUUUGUACUCAAGAUGUGGAGAAUGCUCAUCUUCGAGAUCAAGCGUGUCGAAGCUGGUGUGCCCCGGUAAAAUCCAAAGCCUUGAAACCCUUUUUUUUUUUGUUUUGUUUGAAGACUUUUCUUUUUUCUUUUUUGGUCUUAUUGUCUUUGGAUUUAAAGAGGAAUCAUCAUGUUUACAAGAUUUAAUUAAUGUAGAAGAAGAUAUUGAAAAUGAUAUACACAUUCUAGUUGACAAUAA